AGAAGUGUUGAGCUAAAGAAUCAGUGCAGUCACUGAGUUGCAAUCAUGAAGCUCACUUUGACAUUGCUGUUUCUCUUUGGUUUUGUUGCCUUCAUUUCUGCUGCUCCACUGGAAGAGACUCAAGAUGAGCCAGUAGCUGAGCAAGAGAAAGAAAAUCCUGAAAGCUCAGAUCYAGUCCAGGAUGAGCAAAAUGAAGCAAAUAAAAGUGAUCAAGAAAGCGAGGACGAGCCAGAAAACGACGAAGAUCAGCCCGAGACUGASUUGAAAGAGGGCGAACAGCAAGACCCUGCCGAAGAAAACGAUGAGCCCGAUGACUUGGCAGAAAGCGAACAAGAACAAAACGAUCCAAAACGUUAUAGACCUAUAAGACAUUGCAAGAAAGUAACAGUUUGCAGGUUUUGCACUAAAGUCAGAAGGUGUAAAAGGCGUUGCUACGGGCGGAUUAAGGUUUGCUYUGGUUACUAUAAGGUCCGUGUUUGCAGAAAGUUCARGARAAGGAAGRUUGUUCGCAUAAAUUGCAAACUGGGGWAMAAAAGGGUCAGAUUKGGCAUCAUAUAUGUUGUGGUCAAGARAUGUGUUUUGGUCAAUAGRCGCAGAUGCAAAUUUAGACCCAAGUGCAAACUAUACUGUAGUUAUUACCAAAGAUGUUCUAGAUAUGGUAGGGGUUAAGAUAGGUGUAAGAAUAAAAUUGGAACCGACCCCAGAACGACCACUGUUGACCGGAUACGAUCUCACUUAAAUGCCAUGUAGUYAAUCAUUAUAAUUUCGMAAGCAAAUAUUGAAGACUCAUUUUCACAAUGUAUUUGAUAUUGUUUCUUAUUCCUUCAGUAAUUUGUGUUUUAACUUAAUGGAAAUUUUGAUCAUUGURAUAAUCUGGCUUUAUACCAGUAGCUAGUGUUGUCAUGCAUGAGACAGCGAGUAACACUCUCUAUAAACAAUAAUGAGUCUUCUGUAAAGCUCGUUAAAGUAGUUCUUAAUAAAGCUGAUAAAAACUGUUA